AUGUCUAUUGAAAGACAAUAUUUUCAAUUGGUAUCAAUCGGUGAUGGGUUUAUGUAUGCUAUCGGUGGCUAUAAUGGAAAUGAUUCAAUGGAUUCAAUAGAAAUGUUUGAUAUAAAUACAAAACAAUGGACUCCUAAAGCAAAUAUGACAACAAAAAGGGCUUAUUUUGGUUCAGCAUCAUUUAUUGGUAAAAUAUAUGUUUGCAGCGGUUAUGUAAACUCAUGCGAAACAUAUGAUCCGCAAACAAACCAAUGGACACCAAUUGCAUCGAUGAUAGAUAACCGUAUUAAUUAUAAAAUGGUUGCUUUUGAUGGAAAUUUAUAUGUAUUGGGUGGUUGGAUAUAUGGUAAAGGAAGCGUUAAUUCCGUUCAAAUAUACGAUCAUUAUUCAGAUAAAUGGUUUUAUACGAYAUCAUUGCCACAAAAAUUAUCAUAUUUUGUGGCURCUGCUAUCAAUUGA